AUGGCCAAGCAGAUUAGCUUGUUCACCACAACUACUAUUUGUACUUUGCUCAUCGUUUUGAUAUGUUGCCACGAAAUCGCGCAAGUCGAUGGAAGGCAUUUGAAGUCUGGGCACUGCAAGAAAUGCUCGAGGCUGCAUCGUGAGAUCAACACUAUGAGUGCAUCAAAGGUUGGUGACCACAAUCAUAGUGCUGGUUUGGUCCGAGCAGCUGAAACAAAGACGAGCAAUAAGGUAGAACAUGUUACUGAUGAUUUUCGCCCUACUGCUCCGGGUCACAGCCCUGGUGUUGGUCACUCCAUCAACAAUUGA